UUUUUUUUGGGCUUUCGAUAAAAGAGUGGUGGGUCAUCAGUACUGGUUUUGUUCCUUUGUUUUUAGGUCCUAUUGGCAUCGUCAUUUCUUGUCUCACUGAGAUCAAUUCCUUCACUUGGAUUCCCAUUCUGUUUUUCACAAUAACUUUACGCAAAAACCAUAUCAAUCCAGAAAACAGGAAGAAAGAAAGCAGCAACAGCAAGAACAACAAAAUGUAUAACCACUCACAGUCACAGGUCCCUCCUCUUACUAACAAUAACCACAACCAACACACAAAUAACCCCUACAUCAUCAUCUCCCCUGAUCCCACAUCGUCUUAUUCAUCUUGCAAGCGUCCGAUAGAUAGGAUGUUUGACACGUUGAGUCGGUGUGGAAAGAGGUUUGAAUAUGCCACAAGAAAAGCAGAGGCCACAGCCGGCGAUGUCUGGCAUCACCUCAGAGUUAGUCCUAGUCUCACUGAUGCAGCAAUGGCAAGACUUGUUCAAGGAACAAAGGUACUUGCUGAAGGAGGGCUUGAUCAUGCAUUCCAGCAAGCAUUCAAUAUCUUGCCAGGAGAAGAGCUAUUGAACUCAUAUGCCUGCUAUUUAUCAACUACCUCCGGACCUGUGAUUGGAACGCUUUACUUAUCCACUAAAAGAGUAGCAUUUUGCAGUGAUUACUCCUUCUGUUGUUAUUCAUCCACAGGGCAGCCAGAGUGGAUGUACUACAAGAUGGUUGUGCAGCUUGAUCAAUUGAGAGCAGUUAAUCCUUCUGCUAACAGAUUGAACCCCUCAGAAAAGUACAUCCACAUUGUCACAAGGGAUGGUUAUGAAUUCUGGUUCAUGGGAUUUAUAUCAUAUGACAAGGCACUCAAGAAGCUAAGUGAGGCUUUACAGCGAGCUUGUAAUUCUUCAGGGGUGGUUUCACGAGUUUAAGUGCAACAUUGCACGUAAUUGCUUGUAUAAUUUAGACAGACAGAGAAGCAUGUUGGACUGCAAUGUUUAAACAACUGUUUUUCUUUUUUCUUUUUUCUUUUUUUGAAAAUAAAUCGGCAGUUAAAACAA